AUGCCCCGCGACCGCGUCCACGGGGCGCGCGGGUCGGUGAACGAGGCGUCGGUUUCGUUCUUCGUCACCUCGCCCACCGCCGUGGUGGGUGGGACGAAGCGGUCGAGCGAUGCGGCGGGAUUUCCGCGACCGGGGGCGGAGCGCGGGCGAGGCGGCAAGCGCUCGAAAGGUGGGGACGAGACGACGCCGGGUGGGGCCCGCGUCGACGACGAGGGCGCGGGACGACGGGUAGCGGUGAUCCCGAAGCCACGGGUGGGGGUGCUCGGAUGCUUGACGAACGCCAAGGCGAACACAGCCGAGGCGGUUCGGAAGACGAUUCCGGCGCCCAAAGCGAUUCCGACGCCGAAAGCGAUCGCGGUGAACACGGUUCUGGCGCCCGCUGUCGAGGAGAGCGAGCGAUGA